GUGUGUGUCGGGCGGCAGCAGUCGUCAGCGAGCCUUACCGCACCACAACAUACCAAGAGUAACAUCCUCGCUCACAAUAUGAAGUCGACCAAGUUGUUGGUGGUGUGUGUGGCUGUAGCCAUCACCGUAAUCCAGGCUAAGAGACAGAGAGCCUCGGGCACCGACUGUGAGGCAGCAGGAGGCGAGUGUCUCAAGGAGGGUGCCAAGAAGUGCCUCCGAGUGAUGAAUAGACACGACUGUGAUGACAGGGCCGUCUGUUGUCUGAUAGGUGGAAAGAGCUCGAGACAGAAUACUAAGCCCAAGACCCAAGAGAGGAGGAUGCAAGACACGAAGACACUGAACAACAAAGUAAAUCGUGGCCGGGGAAAGCUAGGUAAGGAGAAAAAAAAUGAUAGCGAAAAGACUUCAAAAUCAGAAAGAUUGACACGGCCAAACGAUGGAAGAGGGAAGAAUGUUAAAACUGAAGACAAGAGGAAACUGCAAUCAAAGGAAGAGAAAAAGAGGAACAGAGAAAGGAAGCCAAGCCAAAAAUCAAAGGAAGAAAAGAAAAUGAUGCGAAAGAGACCAAGACCAGAUGAAAAACAAGGAAGCGCAGGAAAAAAGAUAAAGAGGCCAGAAUCAGGAAACAAAAAAAAAAAGAAAAAAAAAAAGAAAGACGGAAACCGUAAGAACGUCUCAGCCGCCACAACCAAAUCAGGAAACAAAACAAACAAGAAGAAGCCAAACAAGGAAGAGGAAGACAAUAAUUCUUCAAUGGCCAAAAUUAAGAAGUUCUGCAAGAAAACGAUAACUUUGUGUGCUACUGCUGGAGGUAUCUGUGCGCAUGGCCGAUCCGCGAAGUGCAAGAGGAUAAGUGUGUUCCAUACUGAUGAGAAGUCUUGCGCUCCCUGUACCUGUUGUAAAGAUAAGGAUGAUAACCAAUGUGCGGCUACGUCCGCCUGUGGCGCAUAUUCCGGUCACUGCGAGACAAGUUGUAGGAAGACAGAUCGAGAGCUUUUUGGUAAGUGUGCAACAGCCUCCUGCAAGUGCUGCGCCCCCGACUGCAAGAUCAUGAAUUCCUGCUGGCACAAAGGCGGGAAGUGUAUCAGUGACUGGGAACAUUGUAGUGGCGUACUAAGUGAUGAAUGUGAGGGCGUUGGAUGCAAGUGCUGUGUUCCUCACCCCUCACCGAUCAGCACCACUCCCGCGCCGCCGUGUGACGUAAAGUGCAAGAAGGGAACCUGCACUUUAAAAAAGCAUUGUGCUGGCAAGUGGGUGUCGAAGCAGUGUGCCUGUAAGGGCUAUGGCUGUUGUAAAGCUUCAUGUAAACCAGUCAAAAAGUGUACUAAAAGCUGUGGAACGUGUAAGUCGAAGUGUGGUCACGGCGAAUUGAAGAAAGGCAAAUGCAAGAAGAGAUGCAAGUGUUGUGUGCCUCAUAAACUGUGUGCGGAGACAACGCAGAAGUGCCAUAGUAUCAAAGGAACUUGUACGCUGAAGAAGUUUUGCAAAAGUAAGAAUUAUCUCCACCCUGUGUUAGGUCAGGGGUGUGAAGACUCCUGCAAGAAAUGCGUUUGCUGCGUCCACGAGAAAACGAAAACCACUAUCACCACACAGAGUGCAACCACUGGUACAACACAGAGUAAAACCACUGGUACAACACAGAGUACAACCACUGGUACAACACAGAGUACAACCACUGGUACAACACAGAGUACAAUCACUGGUACAACACAGAGUAAAGCCACUGGUACAACACAGAGUACAACCACUGGUACAACACAGAGUACAACCACUGGUACAACACAGAGUACAACACAGAGUACAACCACUGGUACAACACAGAGUACAAUCACUGGUACAACACAGAGUAAAGCCACUGGUACAACACAGAGUACAACCACUGGUACAACACAGAGUACAACCACUGGUACAACACAGAGUAAAGCCACUGGUACAACACAGAGUACAACCACUGGUACAACACAGAGUACAACCACUGGUACAACACAGAGUACAACCACUGGUACAACGCAGAGUACAACCACUGGUACAACACAGAGUAAAACCACUACUACAUCAACCACUAUUACAUCAACCACUCCUAUAUCAACCACUACUACAUCAACCACUCCUUUAUCAACCACUACUACAUCAACCACUACUACAUCAACCACUACUACAUCAACCACUCCUUUAUCAACCACUACUACAUCAACCACUACUACAUCAACAACUACUACAUCAACCACUACUACAUCAACAACUACUACAUCAACAACUACUACAUCAACCACUACUACAUCAACCACUACGACAUCAACCACUCCUAUAUCAACCACUACUACAUCAACAACUACUACAUCAACAACUACUACAUCAACUACUACAUCAACAACUACUACAUCAACAACUACUACAUCAACUACUACAUCAACAACUACUACAUCAACAACUACUACAUCAACAACUACUACAUCAACCACUACUACAUCAACAACUACUACAUCAACAACUACUACAUCAACAACUACUACAUCAACUACUACAUCAACAACUACUACAUCAACAACUACUACAUCAACAACUACUACAUCAACCACUACUACAUCAACAACUACUACAUCAACAACUACUACAUCAACUACUACAUCAACAACUACUACAUCAACAACUACUACAUCAACAACUACUACAUCAACCACUACUACAUCAACAACUACUACAUCAACAACUACUACAUCAACCACUACUACAUCAACAACUACUACAUCAACAACUACUACAUCAACAACUACUACAUCAACAACUACUACAUCAACAACUACUACAUCAACGACUAGUACAACAACGACUAGUUCAACAACCACUCUUCCAUAA